AUGGCCGACUUGGACGGCCUCAACAUCACGUUUUCCAAUGGUGACGUGAAUCCUCCAAAUCAUACUGUGUUUUCAAACACGCUGCAUAAUGACUCCCAGUCGACCAUCAACAGCACCAGAAACCAGCAUGAGGUUUCCCUAGCCAACCUACAGUCCGAAAACACAAUGCUGCACAAGAAAGUCGAGUACCUACAGAAAAUUAUCAAGCUUAAAGACAACACUAUUGACGAUCUAAACAAAAAGUUGAUUUCCCUCUCACAUCACAGCCGGGAAGGGAGCACUGCCACCAAUAGCAGCUCUGCAACGAAGACAAGCCACGAUGUUGUUUCAACCGAAAGUUUGGAGAGUGAUGACAACAAGGAGCCGAAGGAAUUAGCAGAAUCGAGUUUUACUGGAGACGCAAUCACACUAAACUCUCCAAUCAGUCAUCGACAACAGUCUCAAACUAACCAUCUGGGCACGGCAUCAGUAGAUUCGGCUAGCUCGCAAACUAUUUGGGAAAUACCCCAGCGCAAUAGCAAUAGAACUGCCUCGUCACACUCAAACCUCUCGUCAUCUAAAAGCUCUGCUCACGGCAGCGAUAAUUCGAUAACACCACAACAUAUAACCCACUUCUAUUCUCAAUCCCGAUCAGCAACCCACACUCCGACAUCAAGUGGACAUGCUAUAAGGAAGUCUGUUUCGUCGACAACAUCCUCACAUUACUCUAACGACGAUGAAGGAGAGAAAAAGUUUGAAGGCUAUGAGCUUGGAAAUGAUUACGAAAACACGAACGGUUUAUCAUCCCACGAUAACACGGUAGCGGACUCUUCAAAUAAUUUAACGCUAGAUUUGCAGAACCAAUUGCAUUAUGCAGACAUGACUCUUGGAUCUUCUCCAAGAAAACUGUCUCCAAAACGCCGGCCACAGGCAUCAGGCAAUGCAAUUAAUGCAAAAGAUCUUAUUGCAGAAGGAAAUCACAACGACAACGACAACGAUAACGAUGAUGACGAUGAUGAUCUUCAUUUCGGUAUAGUGUCAACCCCAGAAGAACCAGUGUACAAAAAAUUAGGGCAGGAUUCUCUAUAUUCCAAUUCAUCCACUGCGCUGGAUUAUCUACCUUUAAAGACGCCUGUAAAUUGCAACUUUGACUCAUCGAUUACCGAUCUACCCCUGGCAACGCCCGUCUCAGAAUACUCUGUGUCUUCAAGCUCCAUAUCUGGUACACCGAAUAACAUGCAUUUGGAUAGCACUUUCCUGCAUCCUGCGACGUCAUAUCAGAACGGUAAACAAGAAAGGGUUGCUUUAGUUCCACCCACCUUACCACCACAUCCACCACCACCACCUCAUCAUCCUUCUAACGAAAAUUUGCAUUUUUCGAGGUCACAACCACGAUCACGAUCACAGUCUCAGCUACAAUCACAAUCAGAAUCGCAGCCCCAAUCGCAAUCGCAAUCAGAAUCACUGCAACCGCAGAAGCAAAUUGUCCAAAAAGCUGUGGAACCUACAGAUGAUAGUGAAAAGUUCUUGUUAAACAGCUUAAAACAUUGUGUUAUACGAAUCGAAUCAUUGAUUGAUCCACAAGGACUAGCAGUUCCUAUCGAUACAAUCACCAACCAUGUGAUUGCGAAAUCAAAGAGAGAUAACUACAAGGUAUCAUUCCUUGUUUAUACUGAUGAAAACCCUUCACAGUUAACCCCAAUUUAUAGAGUUAAGAGAUCAUAUGUUGAAUUGUUGAUAAUGGAUAAGACAGUAAGACCGUUGAUACCUUCACUACCUAAACUACCAGAUUUCCAGCAUGUUGCUUCUCUCAACUGCAAGUUCUGGGCACAUAGUAAAAAAGUGAUUCAAAACUAUAUCAACAAACUCCUGACGUUGUUGAAGUCGCAAAACCCGUUAGAUCAAGACAAUCCGAUAUGGAAACAUUUCAGCAAUUAUUUUGAAUUCAAAAUGGAUCCAAAUAAUUUAGAAGAUCCAGAAUAUAGUGUUCUGAACUUACAAGAUAAAAUAUGUUACUUGCUAUACAUAAGGAAAAACUUUACCAUGAAAACAUAUGAUUUUGCCAAACUAUCUUCCCAGCCAGAAACGAAUGAGCUUGUGAUAAACUUCCUUCUAACUAAAUCUCAAGAAGUACUGCUUUUCGAUGAAGUCGGAAUUUUUUUCAAGGGUCAGGAAGUCACAAUUAAGAGAAAAAAAAAGUUUUCCGCAAACAAAAGUUGGUCUUUUUUUGCAGAAAGUGAAUACGAUGCCUCUGAAUUGUGCUCUAAGGUUAAUGCUUGGAUCGAGUCUUACUCUGGGCCUCAUGCUAGUGACGAGACUGAAGAAAAGGCAACCGCGGAAGGCAGAACAAAGCACAAUUCUGAAGAGUCGGAUCACAAAUCGUCUUCCAAUGACAACAUGCUUUCACCAUCGAUCAAUACUCCUUGGAAGAUAUUCAAAAAAUCAAGCAAGCAAAUACCGCCUAGUCCAAAGCCCAACCACAAUAACAAUAGCAACAACCAUAACAACUCAACAUCAAAUUCAUCCUCGCAUUCAUUGCCUUCUACUCCUUCAAAAAUGAUAUCGUCAAACUCGUCUACACCUUCCAAUAAUCAUAAUAUCAAUGAUGUACUCAAUUUCAAGGCAAUGCCUUAUGAGAGUAACAAAUUGACAUCUGAGAGCAACAAUAAUAGUAGUAGCAACUUGAUGCCAAUCUCCCCCUUAAGACAUGGUAGUGAUAAACCAGUUGAAGCUUUGUUCCAGCCUAUAGAUGAGACUCCCAAAUAUUUUAAAUCAACUUUAAAAUAUUCGUUUGAUUUAUGCCCAAAGUACAAAUUAUACGGUUUAUCUGUGCCCUCCAUUGUGUUCCAAAGUAUCACAUUUUUGUAUCAGCAAAGUGGAGAAGGGUUUGAGGGGAUAUUUAGGUUGAAUGGUAUGAUGUCGGAAGUGAAUAAAAUUCAGGAAAUCUUUAAUAAUCAAUACGAUUGUGAACUAGCUAAGCUUUCACCAAUUCCGGACGUACAUUCGAUUGCUACUUUAUUGAAAAGAUACCUACGUAAUUUAAAGGAUCGCCUACUCUCAGAUGAAGUUACCUCCGAAUUAUGUAGGAUUAUCAACAAUAAUGAUAACCACCUCAAGAGAGAACAAGAUAAAACUGAAGAUGAGGCAGAGCGGGAAGUUUCGGGGUUAAUAUUAUCACCCACUACAUUGCUCUCCCCUUCAAGCUCUGAGGAAUUCAAGCAGAUAUAUAAGUACAAAGUCCCCCAGCUAAACAGAAAUGUACUUUAUGCAUUGUUUAAGUAUCUCCGGGAUGUUUUGAAGAUGGGUAAGCAUAACAAGAUGACGGUGAGCGCAAUGAGUGUCUUAAUGGGUCCAAACUUGACACAAAGCGAUGGUGGUGGACAGAUAUGUACUGUCCUUUUGGAAAACUUUAAUCAAAUUUUUGUAUAG